UUAUCCUCUUCCUUUCCUCUCCUUCCUCUCCUCCCUUUCCUCAAAGACAACAAUGGAACUCCGGGAGUUCCUAUCAGCUUGCAUUUUAGUCUUUUGCCUUAACAAUGUCGUCGAAGCAGCACAUCGAAUUCUUCCGGAGUUUCAGUCCCUACAUGCAACCAACGUCGAGCAACUCUACAGAACCGGAUAUCACUUUCAGCCUCCUCUCCACUGGAUCAACGAUCCCAAUGGUCCAAUGCACUAUAAUGGACUCUAUCACUUGUUCUACCAAUACAACCCAAAAGGGGCAGUCUGGGGCAACAUCGUCUGGGCUCAUUCCGUCUCAACGGACCUCAUCAAUUGGCAGGCCCUCGAGCCUGCAAUCUACCCAACGGAACCCUUUGACAUCAACGGCUGCUGGUCCGGCUCCGCCACGAUUCUCCCUGGCAACAAGCCGGUAAUUUUAUACACCGGAAUCGACCCCCAGAACAGGCAGGUUCAGAACUACGCAAUCCCAGCAAAUCUGUCCGACCCUCUUCUACGUAAAUGGGUCAAGCCAGCUGACAACCCCAUUGCGGUGCCAGAGGCCGAAAUGAACGCCUCCGCUUUCCGGGAUCCCACCACUGCCUGGUUCAGCAACGGCCACUGGAAAAUAUUGGUGGGAAGCAAGAGAAAGCAUAGAGGGAUGGCGUUUUUGUACAGAAGCCUAGAUUUUGUGCAUUGGAUUAAGGCCAAACAUCCCCUUCAUUCAGCUGCCAAUACGGGUAUGUGGGAAUGCCCGGAUUUUUACCCUGUUCCGGUGUCGGGAAAACAAGGGUUGGAUACUUCUGUUCUUGGGGAGAAUGUGAAGCAUGUGUUGAAGGUGAGCUUGGAUCUUACUAGAUAUGAGUAUUAUACAAUAGGGAAGUAUUCCCCGGAUCAAGAUAGAUACGUGCCUGAUAAUACCUCCGCUGAUGGGUGGGCGGGCCUUAGAUAUGACUAUGGAAAUUUUUAUGCAUCAAAGACAUUUUUCGAUCCUGUUAAGAACAGGAGGAUUUUGUGGGGUUGGGCUAAUGAGUCUGAUACUGCUGAUGAUGAUGUUCAGAAAGGAUGGGCUGGAAUUCAGUUAAUUCCCAGAACAGUGUGGCUUGAUACUAAAGGAAAGCAAUUGCUUCAAUGGCCCAUUGAGGAGUUGGACUCUCUUAGAGGGAAGAAUGUUCAAAUGUCCAAUCAACAACUCAAGCUAGGAGAUCGUGUUGAGGUCAAUGGAAUUGAUGCUUCCCAGGCUGAUGUUGAAGUAACUUUCUCUUUCUCUUCCUUGGACAAAGCUGAGCAAUUUGACCCUAGCUGGGUUGACGCACAACAGCUUUGUGGCCAAAAGGGUUCAACCGUGCAAGGCGGGUUGGGUCCGUUUGGGCUCCUGACCUUGGCUUCAGCAAACCUUGAAGAAUUCACUCCUGUGUUCUUCAGGGUAUUCAAAGGACAAAACAAAUACGUUGUUCUCAUGUGUUCGGAUGCAAGCCAUUCCUCUUUGAAGGACAGCACGUACAAACCAUCAUUCGCUGGUUUCGUAGACGUAGACAUAGCAAAUGAUAAGAAGCUCUCUCUUAGAAGUUUAAUUGAUAAUUCAGUGGUGGAAAGCUUUGGAGCCGGGGGGAAGACAUGCAUUACAUCCAGGGUUUAUCCUACGCUAGCUGCCAUGGGUGACACUCACCUUUAUGCAUUCAACAAUGGGUCCGAGCCAAUCGUUAUGGAGAGUCUUAAUGCCUGGAGCAUGAACAAACCUCUUAAGAUGAAUAACUGAAAGUUUAUUGUGGAGGAGCAAAUUUGUUGAGUUACUCAAACUUAAAUUUGAACUAAAUUAAAUUUUUGUUGAGCCUAAUAUUUAUUUCGAACUAAAUUAUAUAAAGUGUACUUAUUGAG